UGAACGGUCCCUUUAGAGUUGCCAACUGGAAACAACGAGUCACAAAUUUGUUCCCACCAUACGCCAGCUAAACUGCCGGGGGCACAUAGCUGAGGGCUCGCCCCGACUGAUGGACGGUUUAGCGGUGACCGUGUUUAUGUCGAUAUUUAGUGGCUUUUGUAAUCGGAGCAGAACGUUUGGUAGGAAAGCGGGCUAAAGUACUCCAGUAAACGUGCACAUGUGUAUGACCUAGUUCAGCCGUCCUUGGGAGAACAGGUAUGGCCGGGAGGGAUACAGGGGACGACCCUGUAGGUACUAGUAUUAUUGAAGAACAGCCCGGCGGGUCAGAGCGCACGGCUGCCGGUAAACACCACCACCACCGCCGACUGUCCUUCUCUGGUAUCCGCACUAGUCUCCGCAGGUCUUCCGCCGCCAGGAGAAGCUCACACGCUGCGGACCCCGACAGAAUGAGUGAAGAUGAGAUUCAAGAAUGGAGAGAUGCGUUCGACGUGUUUGACAGAGACAGGGACGGUGCUAUCAGCGCUAAGGAGUUGGGCUCGGCCAUGAGAUCACUCGGGAUGGAUCCCUCUGAGUUUGAAAUCCAGGAGCUGCUGAACGAAGUAGACACAGACGGGACAGGGACCAUCUACUUCUCCGAGUUCCUUGCCCUGGUCACGAGACCCAUGGACACCGAUCAGGAGCUGGAGAACGAGCUGCGCGAGGCAUUUCGGGUAUUUGACAAGGAGGGUAACGGCUUCAUCAGCGUUCCAGACCUCCGUCACGUGAUGAUGAACAUCGCAGACAAGAUGGCGGAGGAGGAGGUAGAUGAGAUGAUGGAGGAGGCAGACGUGGAGGGGGACGGACAGGUCUGUUAUGAGGAGUUCAUACGGCUUAUGAUUAACAAGUGAUGACAAACACGUCCAACCUGCCGGCUCGGUUUAUGCCCAGAGAACGGAAGGCAUGUUGACCGGAGUUGUUGCUCGUGGUGAAGACGUCAGGGGGCGCUGAGAGGUUACAAGAGUUACAUGACCAUUGAACCAGAGAACUAUUCAAGCCUGUGUUAUAUUCAACGCUAUACAUCUGCAGUAACAAGUGAAUGGGACCCUAUAUCAUACAUGGACAGUUUUGAUGAAAAAUGGGGUCUGGUCUGGCUCUAUUAUUUUAUCAACCUCCGAAGUAAAGAGGAAUUUUGUAUUAUAAUCGUCUUUUCUGAAUUGUCCACCGGGGUGUACAUUGCACUACUCGUAUAAAAGGUGUUUUCUACAAGGCGACAUCUUCCUGUCAUAUUCCUGAACUCUGACGCAAUGUUGUAUGAUAUGUACAUUGUCAUCCUUCGCACUACUAACCGACUGUUAACAUAAACGAUUUCAUGAUAUAUGUAUACUAUAAAAAUCCAGCUUGAAUUGAACUGAAGGAUAGGUAGAUCUGUAUAAGUAGGGUUAACGUUAUGUUCAUCUCGUGUUUAAAGCCACUUGCACUUUAUUUUGAAAAAAAAACAAAUUAAAGAACACGACUAAAAUUGUA